AUGUCACUCAGUCUGCAAAAGAAGUUGAACGACAUGAACGAGAUCUCCCCGCUGAUUUUGGGCGGGGCAGUGUUCAACGUUCAGUACAAUGACGACCCAGCAAAGAUGCCGAUCUGCGACUUGCUAGAGACAAGCUUCAAGCUGGGCAUCAACGCCAUUGACACUUCACCAUACUACGGACCUUCUGAAGAGCUUCUGGGUGAUGCGCUGGCCAGGUUGACUGCUGACGGGAAAAUCGUGCGGGAGAACUACUACCUGUGCACGAAGGUGGGCCGGAUCCGGUUGGACGAGUUCGACUACUCGCCCGAAUGGGUGGAGAAGUCUGUCCGCCGCUCGCUGCAGCGGUUCCAGACAGACUACCUUGACGUGGUGUUCUUGCACGACGUCGAGUUUACGACUCUCGAGGAGACUCUCGGCGCCUUGGCGACGCUCAUGAAGCUGAAGGCUGAGGGCCUCAUCAGAUGGGUCGGGGUUUCGGGUUACCCAGUCGACUACCUCUACACGGUCGCCAAGACGGUGAAAGACGACCCGGAAAUCGGCAAGCUUGACCUUGUCAUGAGCUACUGCAACAUGUGUCUGCAGAACACUACGCUCGACACGUACUACGGGCGGUUCCUCGCCGAUACGGGCGUGAAGCUCGUCAACAACGCCUCCAUCCUCUCCAUGUCUUUACUCAGAUACCAAGAGACAAGGUCGUUCCACCCAGGGAGCCAGGCGCUCAAAGACAGGUGCAACGAGUUGGCCAUGGUGUUGAAGGAGAAACACAACGUCGACCUAGCGGAUCUCGCUACACGGUAUGCCAUCGGAGCAUGGCUUCCGAAGAAGGGUAAAACCGUGCUCGGUGUCUCCAGCAUCCCGGAGUUGAUGGCUGCAUGGAACCAGUACCAGAUUGUUAAAAGUGGGGCGUCCGCAGAGGACGAUGCAUGGCUUUUUACCUUUAGUCAGUCCUUCCUGGGCGAGCAUUUCAACGAAGUUUGGGACAGCGGUAUCAAACACAGUUAG